GAACCUCUGCCAAUUUUUAAGCAAACAUUUUUGUAGAUGUGCAUUAUUAUAUGUACUUACAUCAAUAUAAAUCAAGCAGAAAAAAGGUUUUUUUUAAUACAUAUUUGAAAAAUAUUCCGAUAGAUGCCGUUACGUCUCGCGAUAUUCCAACUGAUGUAUUUCGAUUACAUUUCAUCGCUAUGCAACACUGUCAAAAACGUAAAGGCAUCGUAUCGUAAAUAAACGCGGAUUUAGUCAGAAUAUUGUUCAUUUUCUUGAAUUGGGACCGCCAACACGAGCAUGGAGGUGUGCGGCAGCGUGGUUACCAACUCCAAGUACGAGCUAUUCCGGCUGAAGUGCAUAUACUGCACGAUAGAGAGCGAACUGAAAGAUUGGGAAUUGUUCAUCGUCCAUGUGAAGACCGCCCACUACUGUGAGGAAGAGGACCAAAAUCCAGUUGAUACAAAACAGGACUUGCCAGCGGAAAUAUACGCUGCAGACACCGCCAUCACCUAUGGCCCUGACGAUUUUUUUGAAGUAAUCGAAAACAAUAACACCGAGGAUCAAUGGCUUCAGCCCGAUGGCACUGAUGUUCAAUACCUAGAGGACGCCACCGCUUGGUCGGAUCCCACAGUCGAUUUUUGCGAAUUUAUACCGGAGGGAAAUUCGGCCGAAAAUCCUACAGGAGAUACAACCACAAACAUGGGUGAUGACUCUCAAAAUCACAUCCCUUUAAACACGGACGACGAUGAAGUCGACUGCAGUGACUUCUAUAUGUCUGAAGAUGACCUAGCACCACCAAGAAGACCUGGACGGCCGCCCAGACGAAAAAGACCUGGACAGGUUUUCAAGUUUAAAGUGUCCUUCACUCGAAGCAAUCCACGGGUUCUGCAUUUGAUUCACGCGUACAGAGAGCAUCCAUGUCUGUGGAAUCCCUCUGAUGAACAUUACAAAGAUGAUCCAGCGCGGAAUAUGGCCUACGAGGCUAUAAUGGAACGUAUGGACAACAAGGCCAACGUUCUUUUUAACUUAGAUGAAUUGAAGAGAACGCUCGAACAGCUGCACGUUCAGUAUACCCUAGCUUUGGAGACAAAACAAAAAGGAAAGUUAGUCGGACUGGCAGCGCGGUACUUUGCUAAGUGUGAUUACCUUAGUGUGGCACCCACCGUAACUCCCAAAGACGCAGAAGAGGACGACGACUUGACUGUAAUAAAGCUUAACUUUAAGGAGGAAAACCUGGUCACCAGUGCUUUCAUCGAGACAUACGCUAAUUAUCCCGGUCUGUACAACAACGAGCUGUCAGACUUCGGAUCGGUGGAGGCGCGCGCGAGUGCUUACCGAAAGAUGGCCAAGGAAUUCCAGCCAGUAGUGAAGUGCAACGAGACGGACAUUUACAUUGCGGUCAACAAGCUGCGCCGCUGGCUAUACGACGCCAUGCGUCGCCUGAAAUCCAAGGAGCUGAUUCAGAAGUGCAGCAAGCAGGAGGUGCAGUACCUGCGCAUGUGCAGCUUUCUGCCUGCGAAGGGAUCGGAAAGCCAGGUUCUGUACUGCGACUACUGCGAGAAGCGCUUCCACGGAGACUACAACCUGAGAGUGCACAUCUUCAAGGCUCAUCAGUUGGGCGACCUCCCCUACCUCUGCAACCUCUGCCCGAGACGCUUUGACCGGCAGGUGGACAUGGACAGGCACAAGCUGCGAUCGCACUUCGAACGAAAGCUCAAGUGCCAGUACUGCGAGAAGACCUUUGCAGUGGACAACGACCUAAAAGUACACACGCUAAUUCACACGGGCGAGAGACCACACGUCUGCGACAUCUGCGGCAAGACAUUCCGGCUCAAGCUGCUUCUGGACCACCACGUCAACGGUGUCCACCUUAAUAUACGCCCCUAUAGCUGCGACAUGUGCAGCAAGACCUUUCGAAAGAAGUUCGAGUUGGCCAACCACAUCAAGGGGCACUUAAAUAUUCGUGAUAAGAAAUGUGAAUACUGCGAAGCCACAUUUUACGAUCAUUCUUCGCUGUCCAGACAUCGCCGGAGUCACAGGGAGGGAAUGAGUUACUGACUAACUUAAUCCUUAUGCUUUUAAAUCAUUAGCUUCACGUCAUAUUUUCUUUGUCAGAAAAUAACUUAAGCUGUCGAGAAGCAUUUAACAAAUAAUUAAUGUUAAUCAUAAAUUAAACGUCUCCCUAUAAGAAAAAUAUAUGAAAAUGUUCGAA